AGCACGCACGGCCCACGGGCGGGCGGGGGAGGAACGGCGAGGUCGGCGGCGCCCCGCCCAGUCAGCAAGGUUGCGCGUGCCCCAGGGCGGCCGCCGAGAUGGUGGUGGGCGCGUUCCCCAUGGCGAAGCUGUUCUACUUGGGCAUCCGGCAGGUUAGCAAGCCGCUGGCCAACCGUAUCAAGGAUGCCGCCCGCCGCAGCGAGUUCUUCAAGACCUACAUCUGCCUACCGCCAGCCCAGCUGUACCACUGGGUGGAGAUGCGGACGAAGAUGCGCAUAAUGGGUUUCCGGGGCACUACCAUCAAGCCGCUGAAUGAGGAGGCAGCAGCAGAGCUGGGUGCUGAGCUGCUGGGUGAGGCCACCAUCUUCAUUGUGGGUGGAGGCUGCCUGGUCCUGGAGUACUGGCGCCACCAGACUCAGCAGCGCAAUAAGGAGGAGGAACAGCGGGCAGCCUGGAACGCUCUGCAGGAUGAGGUGGGCCGCCUGGCACUGGCCUUAGAGGCGCUGCAGGCUCAGGCACAAGCGAUGCCCUCCUUGAGUGCCCUGGAGGAGCUGCGGGAGGAGCUGCAGGAGGUGCGUGGUCAGGUCUGCAAUGCUCACUGUACUUCCAAGUGCCAGGCAGCAUCUUCCAAGAAAUAGCCAGCUGCCAGGGCCUGGACUUGUUUGUGACCAUGUGGCCUCCAAUAGGGCCUUCUCCUCACACCUCCUGGCCUAGGAUGCUCUGGCCUAGCAGAAACCACGAGGACCUUGAUGUAGCUGUGACAUGUGGUCACCCCUUACUGACAGGAUCUGGGCAUUUCCCCAGGGAGCACUCAGCAGAAGCCUUCAGAGCCUAUCCAGCCUCUGACUCAGAGCCCUCAGCCCCUCAUUGGACUUUCAAGGUCUCAGACACCUGACUCUCCACUGCUCUGGCAAAGGCAAAAGAUGGAACCAGGCUCAAGUCUGAUCAUGACAUAGACAAGGUCACCUGGCCAUCAUUGGAGCGCCUCAUUCCUUUGGUGAACCAGGCCACCUUGAGCCUUGCCUCAGGUCAAUGUAGCUCCCAUGGAGGCAGCAGAGUGCAACUGAUGCUCCCGUUCUCUCCUCAUUCUCCCUCUGAGGUCCCCAGGGGAUCACGCCUGGAUAGGUCCCCUUACCCCUCAGCCUGUGGCAUUACCCCAUUUCCUCCCUAGGCACAGACUGAUCCUAUCUGGCUCCAUUCUGACCUGUCUCAGUCACAGCCCCGCUGCCUUGUCCUGAAAUGUCCCUGAACCUUGUUUCGGGUGGCACACAUUUCCUCCUGUCCUUCUGUGGUAUUUUUCAGUUGGGUGGGUUAGAUGUCACACACACACACACACACCUCCGACCCUUCAUACCCCUUAGGUCUGGGUCCCUUUACCCUUUCUGUUGCCCCACCUUCCUUGCUCACUCCCCCCAGACAUGACAUAUUGCUGGGAAUGUGAUGGAGGAAACAGAGUAACCUGUUCUCCCACCGUUCUGGAAGCCAGCAGCAGAGGUCAGGGUGUUUGGGUCCCACUUCCUUCUGGCUUCAGGGGCCCCAGAUCUCCUAGACUCUGUGUCCUAUCUUCUUGUGGCUUUCUCUUCCCCCACCUGUCUCUUGCAAGGACACCUGCCCUGAAUACAAGACCCACCCUAAAUCUAGGAUGACCACAUUGAAAGAGCCUUUAUUACGUCUCUAAGACCCUUUUUCUAAAUGGAGACACAUAGGCCCCAGGAUUCGGACAUGGGGUUUUCUUUUGAAGGCCCUCUAUUCAGCUUGCUGCCUUCUGCCAUUCUAAGAUGCAAGGCCCCUGCUAUGCUGUUUGGCUCUUCCGGCAGCCUACUCAUGGCUUCUGGGGUUGGGCUAACCACUAUAGCUCCAGAAGGAUUGUGGGUGCAGCAGUCACUGUCAUGGUUGUCCAGUUCCUGAUGGAGCUGCAGAAUAAGGAGGCCUCCUAAGGAUAUAUGAGGGGCAUAAUUAAUAUGGACCUUCAAACUGGGCCAGUGAUCAUUAACAAUAGAGAAAGCCGGGCUUGGUAGCACAUACCUGAAAUUCCACCACUCAGAGGCUGAGGCAGGAAUGAGCCUGGGUCCCAUUGUGAGUUCCUGGACAGCCUGCUGAACCACAGGGAGAGACCCUGUCUUUAAAAAAAAAGAAAAAAAGACAAAAAGUAAAAAAGACAACCGAGCUGGACAGUGGUGGCACACGCCUUUAAUCCCAGCACUUGGGAGGCAGAGGCAGGUGGAUUUCUGAUCGAGGCCAGCCUGGUCUAGAGAGUGAGUUCCAGGAUAACCAGGGCUACACAGAGAAACCCUUGUCUCCAAAAACAAAAAAAAAGUAAAAGAAAAAAAGACAACCUUGGAGGAAAGCCAGAGGUUUUGGCUCUGGGGAAAAAGGAGCCGAGACUCAUCCUGUGAACCCUUCCCACAUUGGGAAACUAAGGCUCGGGAAAAGGGAAGCUAGGUGACUUGGCCAAGACCCCAUAGCUCAGGAGGGACUAGCUACUAGGGUGGGGAGGAAGGACCAGAGGACCCAGAUGAUUCUGGCUGCAGGGCAAGAUGAGAUAAGGCCCAACCUCUUCCCAGUGGCCAGAGGCACUGGGUUUCUGCCCUCUUAUCAGAAAAGCGCCAGGCCACACCCAAGAUGUCUGACUCUAGGUAACAGGUUCAUUCUCCCUGGCCCUUGUCCCUAGACGUGGCACUUGUAGGGCUCCCCCAAGGGGAUGAAAAUGACCCAUCCCCAGGAUUCCCCAGACUGAAACCAAUGCUGAAACUGUACCUCAGUUUCUUCUAGAAGAAGCUGAAGUUGCUGUCUUUAAAUUGAGGAGCAGCUGAGUUAGGUGAAAGCUGAACUAGGGACAAAGGACACACAUGGCUAGGUGAUGAGGGGAGGACAGAGUGAGGAGCCAGGAAAGCUGCCUGUUUGCCAUGGUUACCCCUGUGGAGUCCAGCCAGGCACUAAGAGCUCCAGGGCCAGCCCUGGCCUCCUUGCCCUGGGUCAGUCUAUAGCAGUUAUGGCAAAGCCAAGACAGGUGAGGGCGCUGAGCUCCAUCAGGUCAGUCCUUAUUCCAACAGACCAGCCUCACUGUUGGUGAAGAACCCCAUAGGAAUAUGUUCUCUGCUUGCUUGGGAGGAAACACGCACCGAGAUGAAAUGUCACCUUUGGGUCAUGCAAGCAUGAAAGUAGGCCUCGGAGCCCACUCUGACCCAGUGGAGCCUUCACAUGGUCCUGGUGUAUGUGGACAUGGCAGCCUCUCCCAUGAUGACAGUGGAGGAAUCCACCGUGGUGUGGUGUGUGGUUCCAGAAGCCUCUGGGGCAGGAGGCCAGAGCAGCUUUCAUGGCUCUGACUCCCUACUCACUGCAAUGUUACAUAUCCCCACAAAGGGAGGAGGAGGAGAAUAAAUUUAUGAAUGAA